AUGUGCUUUAUGCUGAUGCUAUUAGCACCAUUCUUCAUCAUAAUCAUACAAUCUAGCAGCGGAAAGUUUGGACAGUACUGCAUUAGUGACGGACAAUGUGGUCCAGGAAAACGGUGUGUUCCGAAUAUAGCUGGAUUAUCUCUUUGUCAGCAAGUUUUAGAACAAAUAUCAAACAGACCAGUGCCAAAACAGAUUUUUUGUACGGAUGAUGAACAAUGCCGCCCAUUUGGAGGCAAAUGCAUACGUCUUGGCUGGUAUGGCUCUUGUCAAUACGGAUCUCUUGAAUGGAAGAUUUCUGGUUUAAUAAACGAUCGAUGUUACAAUGACGCUGACUGUUCUCAAUAUUUGCAUUGUGUCAAUAGAAAUGGCAUGAUGACAUGUCAGGCCAUAUCUGGAAUGCUACAAUACAAAACAUGUCAAAGUGAUGCGGAUUGCGGUAUACUACAGAUAUGUUCGUUCAGUAAGCAGUAUGAUACCAAUUUAUGUGUGACAUCACCCGAAUAUCGAACCACUAAGAUGAGCAGUAACAUUGGGAGCAGUGUGAUUCCAUCGAGUCUGAUAGGUAACGGUGCUCUUUCAAAGGAUUUUGAAAAACAAUGUACCGCUGAUUAUCAGUGCUCUGUUUUUGAAAUCUGUGCUAAAAAAAGUAUCUCAAGUGAUCGCAUCUGCAUUUACAAUCCGAUGGCAAGCAAUCGACAAUGCCGUUUUAAUGCUGAUUGUCAGUCUGGACAGCGUUGCGAGAAAGUUUUAGAGAAUCUUUAUUUAUGUAGAGCUGCAAAGCAGACGACAUUCAUGCAACUGUGCAAUUACGAUUACGAAUGUUCAGGCGAUCAGCGUUGCACCAUUAUCGGCAACAACGCCUCUUUUCAACAAAAUUUCCGAUAUUGCAAUAUGUUCGAUGAAGAGCGAAGCUGUGAGAAUGAUCUGGAUUGCACGGAUAGAAAAGUUUGCAGAAUUUUUGGAAAAAUUAAACAGUGUAUACCAUUCAUAUCCAGUUCACAUUUUACUCCUUAG